AGCGUUAGCUCAGUAAGCGUCAAGCGCCCGAGCCGGUAUGAUACCAUGUGAAGUGUAGUGAAUGAGGAUACAUAUAUAUACACACACAUCACAUACACGAGUAUACACAACAUACAUACACAUUCACACAUACAAGACACAUCGUAGAAAAGGAUUUUCGUGGCUCGCGAAAGACCGGCGGCGCUAUCGACUACGUAGUUUUACCUAUACAGUUAAAUCGUGUCACAUUAACCAUUUAUAAAGAAGAAAAAGGAUAAAGAAAAAGUGAACAACGGACGACGAUUAAUCGGUCAAUGAAAAAGGAAAAAAGAAAAAAAGUGAGUGCAUCGGUGAGCUUCCCAAGCUUGAUAUUAUAAUAGUGUGCGUGAGGUGUAUUAUAUGCUCUGGCAAGAGCUUGCUGUCUUUCUCCAUCUUUUGAUAUUUCUCUUAAUAUCUUUCUUCGUGUAUAUAUGCGUCCCCCCCCCUGUAUCUUCUCUUCAUAGCUCCCGUUUCUUCUAUUCAUCUUUUUCUCUCUUUCUCUUUCUAUCUCUGUCUAUCUCUGUCUCUUAGUCGGUGUCGUUCGGGCCCACUCGUCUCGUUUCGGCUCGUCGAACGCUCGGCGACGAUGCAGCAGCAGGUUUCGUGUGUGUGUAACGCGUCGUGCCACGUCGUACGUGCGACCGAUUUUACGUGUGUUAGUGGUGCUGGUCGGCCAUGCCGCUUUUGCAAAGUACCGCGUGAAGUGUGAGUGCAUUAAAUAUUUUUUUUUUCAUUGUUAAUAGUUGUUAUUGUCGUCGUCGUCGUCUACAUCGUUACCGUUACAACUGCAACAUCGUCCUUCUGUUGCUGUUUUGUUAACUUCGCAUUUCCGUCCUUUUUUAUACACUACGCCAAGCAAAAUAAUCCGGAAUUUCUACGUUUUAUCUACUGGGAAAAAUAUCCUUCGAUGCUUUAACGUGUAUAUGUGUGGCUCCUGUACUUGUGUGUAGUUUCAUUAGUGCACCUAUCAUCUUCGAUUGGACUGUAAAUAUUAUUACUACAGGAGAAAAUCUAAAAGAAAUUUUGGAAUUUCGACGAUGACUAUUUGUCAUCCAACGCACUACGAAACUUAGUUUAACUUGGCAUGAAAGAAAGAUCGUAAAGACGUCGCGUGACCGGACUACAAAAAAAUGAAUCGGCUGUGAAUCCAGGAAGGAAGGAAGGAAGGAAGGAAGAAAGAAAGAAGUAAAGGCCGGAACCCCAAGAGAUCUUGGCGAGUUUCCCAGAGAUCUUUGGAGUCAACGGAUAACAUCGCAGAGAGUAGGAAUUCGAAAUAAGAUUGGUCGUGUUUGUGUCGGUGAUGUGUCGUGAUCGGUAGUGACCCUGUGUUCGUGGCCCCGAGGGGGCACAAUCUUCAGUGCUUUAUGUGUCGAUGGUGCAAAGGAGUCUAUUCGUUGGAUCUAAAAAGGUUUGGGAAUAUCCAGGAUAUAUGUAGUAUAUAAAUUCAAAUAAAUAUCAACGGAAUCACAAGAGGGAGAGUAAGAAGAGAAGGAGGUGCAUAAAAAAGGUGUUUUUGCGCGCGCGCGCGCGCAAUUUAAAAAGUAAAAAAAAAAGAAAAGAGUUGUUAAUGUGUAGAGAGAAGGGAGGAUAUAGAAAGUAAAAAAAAAAAAGUAAAUAAAGAGAGUAAGAGAGAAGUGCGCGCGCGGGUUUUUUAUUUGGAUAUCGAGAACACCAAAAGGAGUAGCCGCGGGGUAAGUGAUGUGUUCGAUGGACGAGGCGCGUCUCGCGGGCGGUGGUCGGGGUAAAAAGAACGCGUGUCGCUCGCGCUGCCAUUAUUCGGGAUCCGUGAGAAAAGGUGGGCAGUCGGUGAUCAGGCUGGCGGGUGCCGGGGAAACGUUUCCAAGGGCAUGGCGACCACGCCACUAGGCGGUCGCCUCCCUAACAUUAACCGCAAAGGACCAUCCCCGUGUAUCGGUGGUGGUGGUGCUAUUAGUAACGGCAAUAUCGUCAACAACAACAACAACAACAGCACCAACCACGGCGACAACGGUGGCAACAUAAACGGCAGUCUUAGCAGCAGCAGCAGCAGCAGUAGCAGUGGCAGCAACAGCGGUGGUAGUAGUAGUAGUAGUAGUAGCGGUGGCGGCAACAACAACAACAACAACAACAUCAACAAUAACAAUAACGUCGUCAUAGGAAGUAAUAACGGUGGUAGUCAGAAAAGGCAAGAUCGUAACACAGUUGGGAGGGAUCAUCAUCGGCAUCACCACCAUCAUCAUCAUCAUCAUCACCAUCAUCAUCAUCAUCAUCAUCAAGGUCGAGACAAGUCAGGAGCUGCAGUAGCAGCUGCAUCCUCUAUCUCCUCUAUCUCUUCUUUAUCCGGUUCAUCCUCCUCUUUGUCCUCCUCCUCGUCUUCUUCUAUCUGCUCAUCUUCCAUCUCCGCUUCCUCUCCCCAAUCCUCGUUGUCAUCGUCGUCUAGCAGUGGUGGUGCGUGCCAGCAGCGCGAAGCUAAAACAAGCACGGUGGCUGCUAACGCCGGUGAACUGGAUUCGGCCGCGACUAAUGCGACCAACAACUUUGAAUACGACGACAACGAAUGGGACAUUGGCAUAGGAGAUCUUAUAAUCGAUCUUGAUGCGGACAUUGAGAAGACGAGGGACGAGAAACUGAGCUCCUCGGCGGGGACAGGCAUGGCUUCUACGCCUGCCUCGGCAGCAUCGGCAACAAAUAAUCCGAAUCAUCAUCAUCUUCAAAACUCAGCGUCAGCUUUGAACUCGUCUAACUCGUCCAGCUCUGUAUCCGGGUCUGUCGUAUCGUCCAGCGUUGUAGUAUCGAACGCGGUUAAUCAAUCUUCUUCGUUAUCGUCCAAUUCGAAUUCGUCUAACUCGUCUAGCGUGUCAUCGUCCUCGUCGACCUCCUCAGGCUCGUCCUCGUCAUCGUCGUCGUCGUCGUCCUCCUCCUCCUCUUCGAACUCUUCCUCAUCUGGUGGUGCCGGUGGUGGUUGCGUCGUCGUCGUCGGUAAUUCGGGAAACGGCCGAGCCCAAAGCCCCUGUAGCUUAGUAGUAGGCACAGGUGGCAACGGACCUACGGCGAACGGACCGAUUGUCAUCGGCGGUAACAACGGUACUACUAAUAACAAUCAGACGAGCAACGGUUCAACAUCUUCGCAGGUGCAGCAGCAGCUAGUUACGGGAGGAAAGCAAGGCUCCGCCGCGACUGUAGUGGGCGCGGUAAACGCCGUGUUACACGGUAGCGCCGGCGGAAAUCCCGGCAAGAUGGCCGUUGAACAUUCGGCGACCGUCGACAAGGGCCUCAAAAUGAAGAUCAAGCGUACCAAGCCCGGCACGAAGAGCAGCGAGGCCAAACACGAGAUCGUCAAAUCGAACGAGAUCAACGGGACCGCCUCUUCACAGGAUAGCAGCAGCAGUAGCAGCAACAACAACAACGGAUCCUCCCAAACGUCGAGUUCUUCUUCGGGGUCCUCGGCGGCAACGGGGGGUGCUGGUGGUUCAUCUGGUUCAUCCUCGGUUUCGGUCGGACAAAACUCUCAAAAUUCGGAGUGCGGAAGCGGUGGUGCGGGUGGUGGUAGUGCUGGUGGUGGUGGUGGUGGUGGUGCCGGUGGUGGAAGUGGUGCUGGUAGUGGUGGUAGUGGUGCUGGUAGUGGUGCCGGUGGUGCCGGGAGCGCUGGCGGCGCCGGCGGUGGUAGCAAUACCACGGCCGGCGGGCAAACAGGUGCUACCGGACAAUCGUCUUCCUCGAACAAAUCUAAACCAAGCCACUCGCCGGGUUCGGCGACCGGCACGGGUAACGCGCAAUCCUCGACGGCGGGUUCUAAGCGCGGAUCGAGUGGACAUCGUCGUGAGAAAGCUCGCGAGAAGCACGACAAACAACAACCUCAGAACAAUCAUACCCCGCAACAAUCGAAACCAGAGAUGAACGGAACGGCCAGCAGACCGCCAGCACCUCAGAGUCAAAACUCGGCGGGACAAGCAACCCAAUCACAAGGACCUACGCCGGCUGCAACGGCGCCCCAACAGACUCAGGGACCACCACCUAGCUCGAGAACGGGAUUUUCCGUUUCUCCACCGGCGACUAGCGCCGCGGCGCCCUGUCCUCCCCCGAGUCCGGCCAGUGCCACCGCAGCGGGGGCCCCGGCUAAGCCGGAACAAACUAAGGUGGCCUCCGUUCCGGGACCACCCCUUACCACACCGGCCGAGGAGGCCAUCGACACCGCUGCUAGUCCGCCUCCGGCCAAAAAGAUGAAGACCUCCAAUUCCGAACCAAAGGACAUGUCCGACGUUUGUGUUGGGACCAGCGUGGGGACCAUUACCGAGCCCGAAUGUUUGGGACCCUGUGAGCCUGGCACAUCAGUCACGCUCGAGGGUAUCGUUUGGCAUGAGACCGAAGGAGGUGUAUUGGUCGUGAACGUAACGUGGCGGGGUAAAACAUACGUUGGUACUUUGUUGGAUUGCACGCGACAUGAUUGGGCACCUCCAAGGUUUUGCGAUUCACCGACCAGCGAUUUGGAUGCACGUACACCAAAAGGUCGUGGAAAGCGUGGCCGAGCAGCAGCUAAUUCUACACCAGGGAAUGAUCUGAGUAAUUUUACCGAGACAAGAAGCUCAGUACAUAGCAAGUUACGAAAUGGCGGCGCGAAAGGUAGAAGAGGUGCACAAGGUUCACCAGCGGCGAGUCCAAGUCCAGCUGCCUUUGUGCCACCGAGAUCGGAUCCGGCUACGAAGAGAAAGUCUCGCGGUCCGGAGGAAGAAGAGAAAAACAAAAGACGGGCACCACCUCCUACGCCUCCGAGUGGUUCACCUCCGGCUAGUCCGGUUCUUUUGGAGUGUCCCGAACCGAAUUGUAGUAAAAAGUACAAACACAUAAAUGGACUGAAAUAUCAUCAGAGUCACGCGCACGGUUCCGCGGACGACGAUGAUACGAAAGAGGGAAUCACCAGCAUGUCCGAAAACGACGAGAGCAACAUUGAAGCUCCUAGUCCAGCGACGCCGGUAAAAUCUCCAGCAGACAAGCCAGAAGGAACCCCUGUCAGAGCGGCGAGUCCACCGGCAACGAGUUUACCACCGGAGACCCCGCCGCCACCACCUCGAGUACCUUCGCCUGGCAUAGAGACACCUAUGCCAGUUUUAACUUCUGACAAGGCUAUCGUCAAACCUGGUGUUUUAAGGUUCGGCCAAGACGAUUUACCUGCUCCCACGUCCGCUGUACCACCUUCCUCGCGACAACAAAGUAUUCAACAACAGCAGCAACAACAACAGCAACAGCAGCAACAACAACAACAACAACAACAACAACAACAGCAGCAGCAACAGCAGCAGCAGCAACAGCAACAGCAGCAACAACAGCAACAACAACAGCAACAACAGCAGCAGAGUCAAACGUCGUUAACGUCGACGAAUCCUCCUGAAAGUCCGAGCCCUCAUCCAAGUCAAUCUCCCAGGCCUGUGCCUUCGCCACAUCCCAGUACAAACAUACCACAACCACUCAAUAUACCUCAACCUCCUCAACCAUCUCAAGUUCAACAACAUCAGCAACAAAAUCCAUUACUGCAACAAGCCCAACAAUCACUACAAACCGUGCCACCGCCUCAAAUGCAACCAAGUCAACAGCAACAGCAACAACAAUUACAAUCAUCUAUGCAACAACAAUUGCCGCCGGCGCAUCAGUUACAACCCGUGCAGCAUCCCUUAUCCACGCAGUUGGGACAACCAGCGCAAGCGCACAUCAUUCAACAGUCUAAUUUACAGCAACAACAACAAAGUUUGCAAAGUAUGGCGAGUCAGCACCCAGGUCUGCAAGGUCUUGCUGGACAAGUAUCGCAACAAGCAAGUUUACAAAGUGGACCACCUCCGACUGGACAUCCUGGACAAGGUGUACAAUCUCAUAUGCAACAGUAUCCAAGCGUUGCAUUGCACACGAAGAUGCCACAAUUCAAAGUAAAGCCUACGGCGGCACUGAUGCCAGAGCAAGAUAAGAGUAAGGAUCCACGAACGUCGAAACCACAAGGCUACAAAAAGAAAUCAAAGAAAUCACCCGGUGGUAGUCCACAUCCUUCGCCUUUGGAAGCGCCGAUAGUGGAUUCCGCGAGGGAAGACGUUCAAAGUCCGGCCUAUUCGGACAUAUCGGACGACGCGGCGCCUGUUCUCGAGGCAGAACCUGCUGACAAGUCGAAACAGACUCAAGAAAAGGACAACAAGGCUAGUGCGCCGACGCAUCUACCUGCUCACUUUGGAAUUUAUCCGUAUUACGGUCAACCUCCUUACUUGGUGCCCAGCGUUCAGGAUAGCAAAUCGGUCGACCAGAAACCGAGCGAUCUCACGCCAAAACAGGAAAUGAAACCUUUGAACAUACCGCAAAUGCCAUCAAUGGCGAGUUUGCAAAGCGUCGUCUCGGAGAAGGAAAAGAAGGAACUGAGUCAGCCUUUGCCUCAACCUCAACAGCAGCCGCACUAUUACGGUGGUUACGGUGGAUACAUGCCUCCUGGCUAUCCGUACCAGCCACCGCAAGCGAUUUCGCAGCAACAACAACAACAGCAACAACAACAGCAACAACAGCAAAAUCAACAAGUGCAGGAACAAGAGGCGCACGAGCAAAAAGUCAAAAUGAAACAAGAACCGCAAUCGCAACAAUUGAGCUUAAAAGACAAGCAACACGAAAAUCAUCAAAUACUAAAAGAAAGUAUCGAGAUGAAGAGUCAAAUGAGUCCUUAUCACGUGUACCAUAGCUCGCAAAGUCAAAGAGCGGCACCUCCUCCACCACCUCCUGGUCCUGUGCAAGACGACAGAAGGUAUUACCUGUAUCCUGGAGAACAGAGACGAAAAGAAGAAUCGAGCAAACAAAGUCAACAGACGAAAGCUCCACCGCCGAGUCCAAAGCAUCAACCGAAGCAAGAGAAACCGCAAGAUUUGGGCAAGAGCGACGAUUCUAAGAACAAACAAGAGGGCGUGAAGCCUACCAUGGAGACUCAGGGACCACCGCCACCGCCCACGUCGCAAUACGCAUACAUACAUCCGGGAUACAUGCCACCGCAACAUUACAGUGCAUUACCUUUUGACCCUGGUCAUCCAGUUUACAGAGGUCUAAGUCCUAUGUUAGUGCCUGGGCCAUACUCGAGUAAUCCUUACCUACAUCAGUUACCACCUAGAUAUCACGCAACGGCGGAGGAUCUCAGUCGUCAACCGGCUGGCAAAGCCCUCGAUAUAAUGGGGCACCACGCAAGUCAGUAUUAUGCGGCACACAAGAUCCACGAACUUCAGGAACGUGCCCUAAAAUCGCCAACGCCUAAAACGUCCGCGGCAUCGGCCAGUCCGUCCUCGGCCGGACCAACGCCUGCCAGACCGCCUAGCGGACCACCAACUUCUGUAGCGGGCCCAGGUCCACCUCAGGGUCAGGGUCAACAGCCUGGCAAACAACAAGGUCAACCUGGGGGUCAACAACAACAAUCUGGGCCGGUYGAUACCGGUAGUGGGAAUCUUGGAAAGGACAGCAGAUCGCCGCCACCUCAGAGACAUGUACACACGCACCAUCACACCCAUGUGGGAUUAGGCUACCCCCUGUUAACGGGACAGUACCCCGCUCCUUACGGAGCGGCAGUACUAGCGAGUCAGCAGGCCGCCGCGGUAGCUGCCUCGGUGAUCUCGCCAUUUCCGCCCAAGUGACCCGCGGCCCCCGGUCCCGUACUACCCGGAACCGCCGGAACCAGCUCCGCACAAACUCACCACGCCUCGCAUCCGGCUUCGAACGGUGCUGUCGCGGGCAGACAACCCUAAGCAGGAAUCCUCUUCUUCUUCUAAGGAAUACUCUCUGGAGGAUCGCCUUAUCCAUUUUCUUUCAAGUUCAUUUACUUGCUCGCCAUCUUACUCUCUUUCUCUUUCUCUUUCUCUUUCUCUUAUCUCAAUCUCAAUCUUUCUCUCUUUCUCUCUCUCUCUCUCUCUCUCUGUUUCUGUUCUAUCUCUGUCUCAUACCUUGGACGAGCCGUAAAGAGGCUGUUGGUACUUAAAUCACGAAGAGAGCCCUGGACAAGCACUUCAGCUACCUUCGAAGAGAUCCUCAUUGAGAGAGCAUCGUCGUCAAAGUCCGACUGAAAAGUAAUAGUUAAAUCUUGCCGAGAAAAAUCAUUUCUUUCGUCGAACUAUUCUUAUCACAAAGUAUCGUAAACGAGAUUGAAGAAA